ACGUCGUUUUCUUUGUUGUGGCGACCUUCUUAACAUUCAACUCCUCCUUGGUCGGCCCGCCUAUUGCCAUUUCCUCGAUGUACUGCCUGAUUGUUUCAAACAAAAAGGGCUUCGCCUAGGAGAUAAACGUCUCUUUCAAUCUCUUACCGAACGGCUCGUCGUCUUUUAUUGUGAUUCGAAUCUCAGCAUCCUCGUCGGCGUACUCGUCGGAAAUAUAAAAGGCACCUCAACAGUGGACAAAACAAUUGAGUUCCGACGUGAAAAUAUUAAUUUGCGCAAGUGUAUACAAUUAUCUUAUUUUUUUGUAUCAUUUUUAUGCUUUGAAAAUUAUAUUUUUCGGAUUGUAAAUCAAGUGGUUGAUAAGAUAACAUCAAACUCGGAUCUUAAAUCAGUUGAAACUAUGACAAUGGACUUGGAUGUGGAGCUUAAUUUUUACCAAUUCCUCUUCCAUGAAAAGUUGCCGACCCUUUCCUUGAUUGAGCGUGAACAAGAAAAAGACGGUUAUUA